AUGUCAACCACAAGCAUUAUUCAAAGCCAUAUAUCUCACUACAUCAAUGCAAUCAAGCUGCACUACAAGCCAAUUCAUUCGGCCAUUAUUGCCGGUGUUCUUACAUCGAUUGUAGUCGGCCGAGCAGCCUACCAGGACUACCAGGUGUACCUGAGUUAUGGUCCGGGCGGAAUGCCUUACAACGUCGGAGGAUGGCUGUUCACGAGCACGGUUGCCCGUGCAAUCAGUGUCAAUAUGUUGGAUGUGCGUGAUUUCGAAAAGAGCCCAGACGAACGAAGUUGGCUUGGUCGGGACUGGCCGGAGCGUCCCAGAAGUGGCAUGAGGCCGAGGAUGGGCCCACAUCCUAUCCCUCAGAGACAGCUUGACCAGCACGCGUCCGCUGAGGUGCAAGAGAAAUUCCUUCGGGGCUUCAGAGCUCUGGUGCAACAAUAUCCAGCCCUCAUCGUCUCCAAAACUUCUCAGUACGAGCGCCAUGCCGAGGCACUUUGGGUUAAUGAUGCGCAUCCAACCUGUGCACUUGGUGAAGGCUUUUCAAGGGAGAUCACUCACAUCCAUCAAAACACUGACUUUUCCGCGCACGUCGUCCUUGCCCCAAAGGACGCCCUGAAGGUUAUCCAGUCUGGAUGGGGCCAGCUUCAUGGCUGGGCGGGAGUUAAGCCUUUUGGGAGAAAGCUGCUACCUAAGCAGUAUGUCUUGCUCUACGCGCCGAGGAAUGGCGAGGAGGUUGAGAUAUUGCUGAGGGUAGCGAGAGCGAGUAUUGGGUAUAUGACAGAAGCUGAGGAUCUGAUGUCGCCUUGA